AAUCGACAACGGCUGUAGCGAUUUGUUUGUGAAGGAAUGGAAAACCUUUCAGCCAGUUUGUAUUAACUACAAAGGAUUUCUUGCAUAUAGCCGCGUGGAAUGAUUUUUCCAACAUCGAUGUUUAUAUGUGCAAUCAACACUGUUACAGUUCUUAUCGUUUAGUACAAAUAUAUUGUCAUCAGCAUCUCGUUGUUUGGUAACGAAUAAUAUGGGGAAUUUGUGUAAUCAUCUAUGCCCAACAACUGGUAACAGAUUUUUGUCAACUUCUGAAUUGAGAGCUUCACUCCAUGAUUCUGAUGUGAAAAUUCUAUGUGCCAAUGAAGUUGUACCCACGUCGUCAGGAAAUAUUGAUAGUAAUGAUAGUGAUGACCAGCUGGAAGUUGUUAUAUGUGACAAGUCACUUUCGAAGUCAGUACACAAAUCUAUUGAUGCCCAUAGUCGACCGGCAAUAACGUCGUAUUCACUAUCAACAAAAAAGUCGUGCCAAUUACAAGGUCCUAAAGUAAUCCGGGAAUAUGUGAAUUUCCCCUUUCUAACUGAUAAUGAAAUUGGGAAUUGGAUAUUAAAUUGUCGUUUCAUGUUUAUACUACGUGGACCACCGGGGUCGGGAAAAUCAUUUGUUUCAGAGUGUAUCCGAAUACGUUUUCCUAUGGCUAAGGUUUGUUCUGCAGAUGAUUUUUGGUAUUUAGAAUCUAAUGGCUUUGAAUAUCAAUUUGAUAUAAAUCGUCUCAGUGAAGCUCAUGAUUGGUGUCGUAAUAAUGCAUUUACUGCUGCAAGUGCUGGUUACAGUCCAAUAAUUAUUGAUAAUACAAAUGUAAGAGGCUGGGAAACACGUUAUUAUACAGAUUUAGCUCGUCGUUUUAACUAUUUUGUUAUAAUGGUCAUUCCACAGACACCAUGGCGUUUUGAUGCGGAAACACUAGCUAUGCGUAAUGUACAUUUUGUUAGUUUGGAGACAGUUGAAUCUAAAGUACGCAAUUUUGAACAUAUUUAUCCAUUAUAUUAUGCUUGGUUUUGGUCUGGACCACCGAGUGAAAUAAAUCAAAAACUGGAUAGUUCAAAUAAUAUACAAGAUGGAAUUAAACAAAUAAAAGAACGAAAAAGUUCAAUUUAUUCAAAUCCAUACAUAGAAGUAAAUCGUCUACUUGGAUGGGCUUGGGAUGCAUUCAUAACUAUUAUGGAACUUCCUGGUGUGCGGGAAGAAUUUGCUCAUGUAUUUGGUUUACCUGAAGAUUCAACUGUAAAAGAUGUAGUAACUCAUUGGGAAUCUGCGACAAUACCUGAUUUUGGAACAGGUUUAAAAACCAACAGUUCACCUAGUAUUCCUCAUAUAACAGCCAAGUAUUCCAGGUAUGGACGUUCAUCAGGUGCAGAACGUUAUGCGCUACGUAGAUCUGUCACUGAAAAUCUUUUGGGAAAAUUAUUCACAGUACAAAUAACUGGUUUAUUUAUCACUCCACGUACAGUUGGCGCAAGAGUACAACUACCAAACGAUGAAGUUGCCAUUCGACAUCUUUGGGCUUCAGAUGACCAAGAAGUUGUUUUCCCAGAUUUCUGGAAAGCCAAUGAAGCAAGUCAUAUUGGUAUACCACGAAGUUAUCCCCAAUCUAAUGGUGACGCCGAACGUUUUGCGGACACUUUCAAAAGAACUUUGUUAAAAUUACUACGCGAUAUCAAAGAAAUACUUCAAACAUUUUUGUUGGCACACAAAUCAACGCCAAAUCCCUCACUACCGAAUCUUAUAUCACCUGCACAAGCAUUCCUUGGUCAUGGACUCCAACUUGUUUUUGACGCUAAGCUCCUCCAAGGCCAACAAAGAAAGCAGGAACAUAAGUACAGACUCUCAAUGUAAUGGGAAACAUGAGAUCAAGCCUAUCAUUUAAGCCAGAUGAUUCUUUACAUUUUUCUGAGAUGGUAAGUCGUAUUGAAAGACCAGAAAAAUCAUGUAGGUCAGAGGCAACGUGGCGUGGGAAACUACAAGCCAGUCCGACUUGGUAAUCACCUACGUCCUAAAUUCAGACGGGCUGAAAAAAUAACGUUCACUUCCAACUAAUUUCAUUUUAGACGUCUUGUCAUUACCAUGUAGUCAGCCACAGGCAAGUGUGUCCAACUCAACAAACGAAGAAAUCUGAAAGUUUGAAAAGUCCGACCAAUAGAAUACAGAUUUAUCGCUUUUCAUGGAUCAUAUGAUGCAUAUCUCAACAGGGAGGUGGGGAUUUCGAGUCCAUAGCCAGAAAGAAUGCUAACCACAACUGAUCAGUUGGUGAAUGUCCUUCAUGUACCUCUCUUCGUUUUCGUUCACUGACACUUAUGUUAGACCGCCUACCCUUUAAAGCCUUGUACACUCCCGAUGUGGGCGAAAAGCUUAACUCCAUCUUCUCUUUGAGCUACCUGGUGCAACAUUGUAGUGGGCAUUGCGGAUAAGCAUGGAUAUAAGUAGUGUAUGUUGAGAGGGUGGCAGAAAUCACAGGGAACUACCAGCAACGGGUAAGGAUCCAGCCAAGAGAAACGCAAGAGACAAGGCAGGCGUAUGAAGAGGAAAUCAAGAAAGAAGCAGAAGAGGAAAAGAAGCACAUUUCGCAAAUCACGGUUUCAGUUCAAGGUUACCACACUUAACGACUACUGUCCCACUUGUUAACAAUAAACAUUCCUUCCUUCGU